CCCACACUGAGCAACGAGGCUGUUUCCCAAGCUACAAGCUUCAUCUUUACAGACAAUCCUUUAAACACCUCAGUGUAUUGUCACGAUUUGGCAUCUCCUUCGCCUGUCGGAGGUGAGUUCUGUGAGGACAGGGAGAGUUCCUCUACUCACCUGCCAGUCCUAACCCAUACCUGGACCAGCGAGACAUCAUGAGGAGAGGAGUGUGAGGACAGCCAGUCUCUAGAGCAGGAAUGGUGUGCGCAGAAGGCUUUGUCUCCCUGCAGCUUCUCUUUCUCUUCAUUCAGCUCCUGCUGGGACAAGGAAGAGGAACCCCAAGGUCUGUAUUAACAGCCUACCAGCCUGCUCACAUCAGUGUUCCAGUUGGAAGUCCGGUCACUCUACACUGCAGCUUCAACUACACAGGGGACCAUAAAAAGUUUGGAAAAUUUUUCACUCUGGAAGCAGAUGAGAGGAAAUACAUAAAGGAGAAGAACCAGAGUGUAGAUUGCAGUUCAGAUGUCCCACAUGCAGACCGUUCUGUGUGUAAAUUUUCCAUUACCACCGAAAACAUCAGGCCUGAGAAUGAGACUGUUUACUACUGUGAAGUGAAGAUACCGCUGUCUAACACAGAUGUGAAGGGCUCUGGAACAAGGGUUUCAGUUUAUGCUGAGCCCUCCACCACAGCAGUCCAGGUGUCCUCGCUCCUGGUGGCCGGUGAAGAAAACUCCCUGAGUUGCUCGGUCACAGGCUUCUACCCUGAGAGCAUCUCUGUCCUCUGGUUCCGGGGAGAUGCCCCAGCGCCUCUCAGCAGCACCAGCCCUGUCCUCACCAGUCACAGCAAUGGCACCUUCUCUGUGCUCAGCUCUGUGAGCUUCACCCCCACAGCCGCAGACCAUGGGGCUGAGUACAGCUGUGAGGCCUCUCACCCGGCCUGGAGACACAGCGUGAGGGGGAGCACUACCCUGGACGUCAAGUACGGGCCCAGGGCAGUGAACGUGACUCUCCUCUCUGCCUAUGUGGGCGGCCAGCAUGUGCUGUCCCAGAAUGCUGUGCGGUUGUCAGUGGGCGCCCCUCUGGCUGUGUCCUGCUCCGCUGAUGGUAACCCCCCGCCCAGGACAGAGUGGGUGAGGGCCGGUGAGGGGGUGCUGACAGGGGGGGAAACUGGACCUGGACAGACCCCCUUGAUUGAGGCUGUGCAGAAGGAGCACGAGGGGGUGUACUGGUGUGUAGCCGAGAACAGCUAUGGACAGAGGAACGUCAGCUUCACCCUGCACGUUUCUGAAAGCCCAGCCCUAUCAGGUUAUAUCCCCUUAGUUUACGGCCUCAUCACAGUUCCUGUCCUCUUAUUAUUGGUCAUCAUCAUCGUUUGCCUGUGUAAGAAUAAUGAAUUCAGGAAAAAGGAGAAGGCACAUGGAGCUCAGCCUCUUUCAGGUCAGGAAUCACAGAGACAAACAGCCCCCGAUGAGGGACAGGCAUCAACAGAAGGGGGGAUCUAUGCAGUGCCAAAAACGCGAAAAACGAAGAGGAGGCGGGAAUAUGAUGAAGUCUCCAAGCCUAUUGUGGACGAAACACAGCUCAUUUAUGCGGACAUAAUUUUCCAGCCUUCGCCCGGGAACGCAACUGGGAAGAAAAAGUUGGACCCAGAUUGUACGGAAGCCGUAUACAGUACAAUUCAGAAAGGGAGAAAGAGACCUUCUAGGAAUGAGCACGCGGUGCAUGAACAGAUAAACACUGUGUACACGCUUGCGGAGAUGCCACAGCAUGGAGAAACACACUGUGAGAUGGAUUUCUGACCUAAAAAUACGCAGCUUCUUAACAUAUUGCCCCUGGAACUGAAUUCGGUUGGGUGGGUUCACAGUGGACAGUUUCUCAGAAGUGACUGGGCUCUGGGAUUUCCACAUGGUUUCUUCAUGACUGCUUUGUCCUUGGAACAGACAGUCCACCCUAUGUCGAAGUAAACCCAAGACUUCUUAGCUUGCUUGAGAGCUCUUUGUCAGCCGAGAUGUGAUGGUGCAGAAUGGCGUCAUCUCGGUCACGUUUUCUGAUUUGCGAGGCAGCAUUUGUGGGCAACAGGUUUAUUUGCAGACACGAAAACUAAAGUCCUGCAUGUAGCCACGGGCUCCUUCUGGUUUGUCGAACACCGUGAAGGUGAAGGAUUUGCUAGCAGCGCUGUGCCUAAGCUGUGGUGUUGUGUGACCCGCAUGCUGCUUUCAUAUACAGCCCCCUAGCCCUCCUGUUGUACCAUGAAUGGCUAUAGAUGCGUUGGGUUUUUUUUUUCAAAUCAGUGAGCAGGCGUAUAGCACAGGAAACUGUGGCUUCAUAAUUGAUUGAGCCUCGUCUAGGUUGCUCUCAUAUACUGCAGAAAAAGACCAAGGAAAGAGUACAGCCAAGUCUGACUAAUUCAGUCUCUCUGUGAACUGUGCUUGCAGGAGUGCUGUCAGCUUGGAGGGAUUUUAGAGCUAUGGGGGCAGAUUGUAAUGAGUGCUUCACUGCUUUCUUUAUUUGGAUUUCUAUUACAGUCACAAAGACAAAUUCCCUUGGUUUUCAGAAGGACACUGACGAGGCUGCUAUUUUGGGACUGUCUUUUUAACUCUUCCACGGCUGUCUUCACUGCAUACUUCCAGUUUCCAUUGCCAAGAACUGCCCUUGCUUCCAAAUCAAAGCGUCUGACAGGCGCAAAGGUGGCUCACUGUGUGCUUUCUCUCUCUUUUCCUUCUGUUUCACAGGAAGCUUCUGAAAAUGCAUAGUGUUCACCUCCGUCACUAAUGAAGGUGCUCUUAACACCUUCGGAUUGGAAUACCUCUGAACAGAAUGACUCUGUGAUUCAGUUUCUCACUCAGGAAACUGUGUAUGUUUAAUAAUGAGUGUGUAGGGCAUGCCAUGUCUGUGCAACACACACAAUGUGUUUUCCUGUCAUUCCGAUUUUGCUAUUCAGCGAGUCAUUUUUACUACACUGACUCACACAACUCCAGAAAUGAGGGAAAGAAAAAUCUACACUUUGAAAUUUCAAUGGAACAUGUCUGCUUUCCAGUGAUUUUGCUGAAAGACAUUUUUAUAACAUAAUUGCUUCAACCGUUGGCAUACUUGGCCAAUAUUAAGUAAUGAGUGUAAACGAAAGUGGGUCACCUAAACAGAAAAACAAACAAAUGGAAAGUAUUUUUUCAUAUAUAAGGUAUCAUAGAACUGACUUAAAGAAUGUGUCAGGGUUUCUGAAAGGGGUGAGUAGUUGGACAACUGUGUGAAGCCGUGAGGAAGGGAGUUUGAGCCAAAGUAAAUCCAAGAUUCCAGAUCCAAGUCGUUAGGCAAGAGCGAAGUCAAAAGUAGGAGAACCAGGUCGGGGUGUCAAAGGAGUCCGGUCGAGAAUAGUAGUGCGCACAAGGGAAAGCUGUGGAAGACUUCUCAAUAGUGAGCGUAGGAAAGCCGGAGAAGAGUGUUUAAGUAUUGAAGAGAGAGACGUGGUUGGAUAAUUAGUUCCCGGAUGAGCGUGUGUGGAAUUUAGUACGCGUGGGAAUGCCAGGGCGCUUACAGGAGAAGGUACGAGUCGUGACAGAAUGCCUCCAUCAUAACCUCUUUGGAAAGUUGAAAACAAAUGUUCAAUAGCAAGUGUGUUUCUCAUGCUUGAUUUGAUUAUAUGAAUGUUACUGCUUGUCAGUUAAUGAACUGGGGCCAAGAAAUUAGCUGAAGCCAGAAAAGGAACAGUAAGUGAAGUUACUAAAGGAAAACCAGGUCUCCUAGUCUGUCACACAUAUCUCAGCCACUCACAGCUAUUGUCUGUAAAUCAGAAAAGACACACUGUCUUAAUCCUAUACACUGCUUCGUCACAAACACUGAGAAACUGUAGUGACCUCUUACUGCCUUGCAAGAGCAUGUAGACCUUCCUUACCCUGAAACUCAGAUUACCUCCAUUCGAUUAGACGAACUGACGGCAGAAUUGGGAGGGAUAGAGGAGUUUAUUCGCCAUAUGGACCGUACAUGUUACAAUGGGAUUCUUAUUCAUGCUGUUGUCUCAGGACAUGCGCAGUACAGCAGACGACACAACACAAUGUAGUACAGUACAUUUCAAAACAGUAAAUAGUACAUAAUGACAAUAUGGAACAGACAAACAAUACACAAUAAACAAAAAGAGACAAUAAAUACAAACAGAACAAUAAAUACAGGGUAGAAAGUCAAAGUGCAGAGUGCCAGGGGUGUGUUGAGUCCUGAGGCAUUGCACAGUUAACUGUUUAUGAUGCUGUAGGGUAGAAGCUGUUCUUAAGCCUAGUGGUCUGUGCUUUAAUAGUGCAGUCCGCUUGGAAGAGUGCAGAGGGGAGAACAGUUUGUAGCUGGGAUAGUUGGGAUCUUGAAUGAUGGAUUGGGCUUUAUUGUGACUUUUUUUAGAUAGAAGCUCUAAAUCUCAGCUCCAUGAGUGUUUGUUGAUUGUAGAUGACGGCCGCACACAUAUGUUUUACACAAGAAAACUGUUCGUGACAGACAUUUGUGCCUGGACCAUAAGGGGGUCAGCAGCUGUGGCUGUCUACACGUUUAAGAAACUCAAACCUCUGAGAUAUCUUUGUGUGCUAUUUUCUGUAAAUAGCUAUUAGUAGCCGCUAGAGUGGUCUUCAAUGAAUGUAACUGACGUCUGUUUGCUGAAGUAUUAAAGGAUUGAAUUAAUUUAGGCUUGGCACAUAUCUUCUUCAUCUUCUAAGCAACAUUUGUGCCUUUUUCUGCUGAUUCUGUUUCUCCUUACAUAUUGUUCAAAAUAUCUCUCUCUUACUUUUUCUUUUCUCAUAAAAAGAUGUACAAUAUAAGAUGACUCAGUUUGUAGCCACCGCCCUAAUCCAAGCCCGAAACCUGAAGUCUCCCCCAUCACACCCACGGGCACACAUGGUCAUAGAUACCUCUGCUUCUGAAAUGCCCAGCUUUCCAGCUGGCUCAGUCACAUAACUUGGUGAUGGUUAAUGCUGUUUAAGUAGGCAAUUAUACGCAGUGAAUAAAUGGGUUAAAACUCAUCAGCUGAGCAACAGUGUGAAGUUGUGGGUGGGAAUUCGGACUCUCGUCUGGGAAAGCGUACUUUCCAAUUCCUGGUUGGAAACAUGAGCACAGCUCCAGAGAAGCGGCUACUCUCUCAUCUAAUUAGUGGCUUGCUGAUGCAAGGAUCUCAUCUUGCAGGAAGAAGGGGUUUCCAGGAAGAACCCAGUGUAUCUGCUUCAACCGCAUGGCAGGCUAGCUCGCUCCACGCCCCCACAACCCUUUCGGUAAAGAAGUGCCCCCCCUGAUUUUGGUUUAAAAUGCACGUGUGUCCUUUGGCUCGUGUUUCACUCUUCAUCGUGAAGCUAGCGCCUGGGUUGGCUUGAUCAGGGCCCUUGAGGAGUUUGAACACUUGUGUCAGGUCCCCUCUCAAUCUUCUCUCAUCCAGACUGAUAGAAGUUUGGGUCCUUUGGCCCAGCAGUGUAGUAAAUUCCCUUUAGCCCUGGAAUGUAUCUGGUUAUUCUUCUCUGGACUGAUUUCAGAAUGGCAGUGUAUUUUCUAUGACAUGGUCAUCCAGAAUACAUAAUAUUCUAAAUGAAGCCUUACUACUGGCACUGUAUAAUUUUAACAUGCCUUUAGUUAAGUUCUACACUUUUAACACUAGACCCUAACAUGUCAUUUUCUCGUGUGUUUCCCCACAUUGUCUAGAAGAUGCGAAUGAUGUGUCCAAAUAAACAUAUACUGUAAGUCUU